ACAUGUCAUGCUGCCAAGAGAACUUUCAAAACAAGUGCCAAAAUCUCAUCUGAUGACUGAAGAGGAAUGGAGACGACUUGGUGUUCAGCAAAGUCUUGGCUGGGUUCACUAUAUGAUCCAUGAGCCAGAACCGCAUAUUCUUCUGUUCAGAAGACCUCUUCCAAAGGAUGAGCAGAAAUGA